AUGGGGAAGAGCAGGGGGCGGGCGUCCAGCAGCGGCCUGGCGGCGUCGCUGCUGCCGGAGGCCCAGGGCGCCGUCCCCGUCGUGGGGUUCGGGGGCUACCACGGCGCCUCCCGCGUCGAGCCCGCCGCCGCCUCCUCCGCCUCCGACCCCGACGGCUCGGUUCGCCUGCCUCCCGACGUGGAUGCCGAGGUGCUGCAGCACCUGCGGAGGCUCGGAAGGAAGGAUCCCACGACGAAGCUCAAGGCGUUAUCCACGCUCUCUAUGCUCUUUGCGCAAAAGCCUGGCGAGGAAGUUGUGCAAAUAGUACCGCAAUGGGCAUUCGAGUACAAGAGGUUGCUGCUUGACUACAACAGAGACGUUCGUCGUGCUACUAAUGAUACCAUGGCUAGCCUAGUGUCCGCAGUCAAGAAGGGUCUAGCUCCACAUCUCAAGUCUUUGAUGGGUCCUUGGUGGUUUUCUCAGUUUGACCCUGCUACUGAGGUUGCACAGGCUGGCCGACGUUCAUUUGAGGCAGCAUUCCCACAGUCAGACAGAAGGAUGGAUGCCUUAAUGCUAUGUGUGAAGGAGACGUUUCUGUACCUAAAUGAGAAUCUUAAGUUAACAACACAAGCCUUAUCUGACAAGGUUACACCGAUGGAUGAAUUGGAAGAUAUGCAUGAGAGGGUAAUAUCAUCGUCACUGUUAGCAAUGGCAACUCUUAUUGACAUUUUGUUAGGAGUAAAAUUACAAAGUGAUGGCGGUGACAGUAUGAAUACCGAAAGCAAAAGUCAUUCAAAAGUUCGAUCUGCCACAUUGUCUUCUGCUGAAGCUGCACUUUCUAUGCAUAAAUAUUUUAUUGAUUUUCUGAGGUCUAAAAGUGCUGUUAUACGGUCGGCUACAUAUACUCUGCUUACAAGUUAUGUCAAAUAUGUUCCUAAUGUUUUCAAUGAAGAAGCCAUGAAGAUACUAUCUUCUACUCUGCUUGGUGCGUUCAGUGAGAAGGACCCAUUGUGUCACUCUGCUAUGUGGGAUGCAGUUCUUGUUUUUUCUAGAAGGUUUCCAGAGGCUUGGUCCUAUUGCAAUAUUCAGAAGGUUGUCCUCAAUCGGUUUUGGCAGUUCCUACAAAAUGGAUGCUACGGGUCUAAACAGGCCUCAUACCCUCUAAUUGUUCAGUUUUUGGAUUCUAUACCACCUAAAGAAGUUGCUACAGAGCAAUUUGCUUUCGAAUUCUUAAAACAUCUUUGGGCUGGUAGAAACCAGAGGCAGUUAUCAGCUGCUGACAGUUUGGCUUUCUUUACUGCCUUCAAACAGAGUUUUUUGUGGUUUCUUAAAAGUGCGCCGAGAAAUUCUGCAGGAGAUUCUUCAGACUAUAUUCGCAACAGACUUAUAACCAAUGUUCUUGUCAAAAUGGUUUGGCAAGAUUACCUUCAAUUAUCAUUAUCAAAAAACAUGGAUGUAGUUCCCAGUUUGUUGUCUCAAGAAGCAGCUACUGAUGAUCAACAGCUAUCUCAUAAAAAGUCAUUGUUGGCGGCCAAUGUGCGCCACCCUAUUUACUAUUAUCAGGAUUUGGGGAAAUGUAUCGCUGAAAUAUUGGAUGACAUUUCGGUUACUGAAAGGCAUUUGUUGGAAACUGCUUGUGAGUCUCUGUUGAGGGACUAUUUGGACAUAGUUCAGCAAGGGGAGAAGCUAUCAAAAUUUCAGGAUCACGUCAACCAACUUAUAUCUUUCUUUCGUUCUUUAGAUAUACUCGUUGUACAGAAUGGCAGGACAUGGCCGCUGGAAAACUUAGCAAGACCGCUGGUUGAACGUUCUCUGCCAGCUAUUAAGUCAAUGGACUCCCCAAGUCUUGUUGAACUCCUUUUAGUUUUGGUUGAAAUAUUCGGGCCUGCCCCCCUGUUCUUGAAGAGUUCUGAGAUAAAUGAUGAUAAAUCAUAUGUUGAGCUUUAUCUGAGUUUAUUCGAUGCUGAUUUUGUCCCUUGGUGCUUGGAUGGGAAGUAUAGCACCUGCAGCUCAAAGAUUGAUUUAUUGCUUUCUUUAAUUCAAGAAGAGUGCUUCUUUGACCAGUGGUGUUUGAUCAUCAAACACACUAGAGCUAAACAAAAGCAAUCUGUCGAUCAUAAAAUCUCACACACUAAAGACCAAUUUGAACUGCUCACACUUAUACUUCAAAAAGUCAGAGAAAGAAUUGCUGGUGGAAAGAUGAAAAUUUUGCAGAGAAGUGGUUCCCUGCCAGAACAUUGGCGACAUGAUCUAUUGGAUUCUGUUGCAGUUUCUGUCUUCUGUGAUCUGCCUGCUACAGAUUCUCAUGUACAUUUUCUAUGUGCUGCACUUGGUGGCUCCAGUCAAGAUGAUCAAAUUUGUUUUCUUUCUGCUGAGGCUGUUUGCAAAAUUCGUGGAUCCAUUUUGAAGUCUUUGGCAUCGGUACUCAUCACAUCAACUUUUGAGUGGACAAAGUCUUCACGUUUUCUGUUGUUGCCCAUGGAACAUGAGCAUUCCAAGAUUCUAGGGGAACAGUCCUUGUCAGCAAACCUUGAGAUAGCUCAGCUUGCUUUUCAAGUUCUCGAGCGUAGCUUGUUUGCCCUAAAGACACAUGAGGAAGAUUCUGUUUUUUCUCAUAUUCUGUCUGCUCUGUUUAUCAUCGAAUGGGAAUGCAGCAUGGCUUUAGUUCUUGCAGAAGAGAGUGAUUUGAAAGGUCAUAAGGAAGAAAUCAAUGUUGAGGCUUUGAUGUGCAAUACUUCAGAUGAUCAUUUGGAUGAGACAGUACAUCUGAAGGCUAACCUUGCAGAACGUAUACAUGCUUUUCGCCAAAGCUUAAUUCCAUCCUUUUGGAAUGACCUUCAUUCAGGCACUUUGAAUAGGCUGGUGAAUAUUCUAGCUCAGUCUGUCAGAGCAUGGGUUGCUGCAGAGAUGAUUUGCACUUGGAACUGGAAAGGAGGAAGUGCAUUUAGCACAUUCUUACCUUCUCUUGUUCAGUACAUGAAAACAGAGCCAGGUCUUGAGGUCAGCUUCGUGUCCCUGUUGCUUGACACAUUGCUAGAAGGGGCCCUAAUGCACGAGAGUAGUGACUGGGCACUGUUCAAUUCUUGGCACCUCUCUGACAGUGAGAUUGAGAAAAUUCAAGACCGUUUUCUGCGUUCUCUUGUGGCUUUGUUAUUUACUGCUUACACCAAGGAAUCUGUUUUGAGAGAAUCCGAUGCACAUGUACUUUUUGAACAGCUGCGGAGUAGUCUUUUUAUUGGUUCAGCAGUAAAUAGAAAAUGUUUAAGGACUCUUCCCUUUGUCAUGAGUACAAUCAUCAAGCCCUUGACAGAAAAAGUGAGAUUAAAUGAAGCUUCUCCGUGCACUGAUUUGUUGGGGAAAAGCAUAUUGAGUUGGCUUGAGGAAGCCAUCUCUUGUUUGUCAUCGAGCCCAAGGGAAGUAGCACAACAAGAUAUCGAGGAUUGGAUGCAAGUGGUGUUAUCUUGCUUCCCAUUGAGGAUAACAGGAGGAACAUCAAAACUGAUAGUUAAGUUUGAACGUGAGAUCAGCGAUGCAGAAACAUCAUUACUGCUUACUUUGUUUUCGAGGUACCAGAUUUUCUAUGGUAGUGCAGAUCCAUCUCUGUCCUCUAGGGAAACUAUCCUAUCAAAAACUGUUGAACUUUUGGGAGUGAAACUAACAGCAGUUAUGGUUGGUUAUUGCUGGACAAAACUUGGUGAAACUGAUUGGUGUUUUGUGUUCCGUAUUCUACGUAAGUGGAUAGAAUCGUCUGUAUUACUUGUUGAAGAAAUGACAGACAACAUCAAUGAUGCUGCGGUAAACCAGACAUCCGCUCAAGAUAUCUUGGAGAAGCUUAAAUUGAUAGCUUGCACUAUGGAAGACCUAACAUUUACUUUUGCUGAAUCCGCUUUGGUUACACUGUGCCACCUCAACCUUGUUGACAAUCUCCAUGAAACAGAUAAUCUCCCAAAUCUGCAGCUUAUUAGGUCAGGGGAGUAUGCAGAGAGUAAUGACAAGAUGAUGGAGAAUAUCCUCCGUUUGUUCUUGGCUUCUGGUGUUUCAGAAGCAAUUGCGGGAUCGUGUAGUGAAGAGGCUUCAUCCAUCAUAGCUUCAAGUCGUGUGGAUCAUCUGCAUUUCUGGGAGCUAGUGGCAUCAUUCAUCAUCGAUGCUUCACCGCAGAUUAGAAGAUCUGCACUGGACUCCAUGAAACUGUGGGGGCUUACCAAGGAAUCCGUCAGUGGACUAUAUUCAAUUCUUUUCUCCUCAGAGCCAAUAUCUCAUCUACAGUUUGCAGCAUACUCUCUACUUAUGUCUGAGCCGCUCUGUCAACUUUCAUUAGUCAAAGGGUCAUCUGUAGGAGAAAUAGGAGAAAUCCCUUCGUCAUCUCAGGAGUCUGAAAUGGGUCAAAAUAUUGAGUCGAUACCAGAUUCCGAGAAGGCCCUGUACCUCAGAGAUGAAUUAACGGCCUUGAUUGAGAUGCCUACUUCUGAACUGGUCAAAACGGAUCUGGUUGCUCUAGAAAGGCAUAUCCCAUUAAAGACUGCUGCACCUAGCGGGAAGAAAAAAGAUGUUGAACUCAUGCCUGAAGCAAGAGCUGCUGCCGAAGCUUCUAAGGGUGCCAUCACUACAUGUUCACUGCUGCCAUAUGUGGAAUCUCUUUGGCCUGUUGGGGUUUUGCAAAUGGCCUCACUUGCAGGGUCAUUGUAUGGGAUGAUGAUUAGACUACUGCCUUCCUAUGUACGCACAUGGUUUACUAGCUUGAGAGAUCGUUCGCUGUCCUACUCAAUCGAGUCCUUCACUAGAGCAUGGUGCAGUCCUCCUCUGCUACUAGACGAGUUCUCUCAGGUUAAGGAAUCUAUUUAUGUUGAUGAAACUUUCUCAGUUAGUGUGAACCGGUCGGCCUACGAAAUCAUUGCUACAUACAAGAAGGAAGAAACAGGUAUCGAUCUUGUCAUACGUCUUCCGAGCUGCUACCCUCUGCGGCAUGUUGACGUAGAGUGCACGAGAAGCCUGGGCAUCAGCGAAGUGAAGUGCAGGAAAUGGCUGCUCUCUCUGACAUCAUUCGUCCGCAACCAGAAUGGCGCGAUCGCAGAGGCGAUUCGGACGUGGAAGAGCAACUUCGAUAAGGAGUUUGAGGGCAUCGAGGAGUGCCCGAUCUGCUACAGCAUCCUCCACACGAGCAACCACAGCUUGCCGCGGCUGGCGUGCAAGACGUGCAGGCACAAGUUCCACGGUGCCUGCCUCUACAAGUGGUUCUCGACCUCCAACAAGUCGACGUGCCCGCUGUGCCAGACCCCCUUUUAAAAAUGAUGAUCUUGUUAGGAAUCACUUACGGAUUACUUUGCUGAGAGAGGAGUAUAUCGAUAGGUGUAUAUUCCCUAGGAUACUUGUUUUGUACUGUGUGUUUACAAGUUAGCUGGGGGGAUGAACGAACCUAGUCAGUUUUGGAACCCAACCUCACGGUUGCGUAAGCAUCUACUGCAAUAUUGUAGCUCUUGUAUGGUGGUAAUUUUGUUUCGCACUUGGCAGCA